ACCCUUUUUUUCCUUCUCUCAUUCCAGACGAAGGGGCGGAAACGACACAUUUUCAACACAAACCGCGACGUUAUAACUGUAUAUCUGCAAGACAAAGCCAAACGUGUUUUAUUUCGGUUCGGGUGGAACUUUUAAAACCGGUUGAAUUGUAAGUCAUUGUAAGGAACCUGCUGGUCCCCAGGUCUACCUGAUGAGUAUGAGCCUGACUACAGAACCCUCUAACGAUGGUCCCACUGUUACGGAAGAGAGCAAAAUGACAACAGCUGAGAAGAAGGACAAGAAGGCAGAUGAUGUUGCAGAGGAAGAGGAGGAGGAGGAAGAAUAUGUGGUGGAAAAGGUCCUGAAUCGGCGGGUGGUGAAAGGGAGAGUAGAGUACCUUCUCAAGUGGAAAGGCUUCUCUGAUGAAGAUAACACGUGGGAGCCUGAAGAUAACUUGGACUGUCCAGAUUUGAUUGCAGAAUUUCUGCAGUCCCAAAAAUCAGCGCACGAUGGAAAGAGAAAGGCGGCCGGAGAAGCAGAAGGAGACGACAGUAAAUCAAAGAAGAAAAAAGAUGAUACAGAGAAGCUAAGGGGCUUUGCUCGAGGUCUGGAUCCAGAGAGGAUUAUUGGUGCCACAGAUUCCACAGGAGAACUCAUGUUCCUCAUGAAAUGGAAAAACUCUGACGAAGCUGACCUGGUGCCGGCGAAGGAGGCCAACGUAAAGUGUCCGCAGGUGGUCAUCUCAUUCUAUGAAGAAAGACUGACUUGGCACUCGUAUCCCACAGAGGACGAGAAAAAGGACGAAAAGAACUAACACAGGGCGAAGGGGCAAAGAAAGAAAACUGUAGUUUUGAACUUCAUUGUAUUUGGAGGGGGUGGGGGUAUGAGGGGCGGAGACAAGCAAGACACCAUUGGACUCCCAUUUGUCUGUUGGUGUAGUAUCACUCAUUUGAUUCUACUUUUAUCUGGAUAUAAUCUAAAUGUAUAUAUGCUUCAGGUUUGCUUGACAAAACCCUGUCCAUUUGAACUGUAAAACAGUGUUAAUUUUCAGUAUCAUUCCAGUUUGAAGAGUCGCCUGACUGUUUCUAACAUGCGGUCCAGUGCUCCGUCAUCUUACUAUGACAUCGUAUCAGUGAGGUGAUGUUUUUAUUUCAUCCGUGUGCCAUUUUCCUUUUUGCCUGGUUCAUUGGUGCUUUUGACGGGCAAAACAAAAUUUUAGCUGUUUACUUAGGACUCGUUUGGUGUACGAUCAUGAAGUCUUUUCAGUGAUUAAUUUGGUCACUGUUAAUCUUUGUAGUGUUUUUCAUUAUCAUGUCUUGCUUGUCAGUUUUGGAAAAUAAACCACUUUUUGUUAC